CCCCCCCCCCUGCAGGCAGGGUUUUAGUCAAAGAGUGGCUCUGAUUGUUGGAGGUCUGGACCCUCCCCCUCCCUCCCUGCAGGGACUGGAUCAGGGUUUCAGACCGGAUCAGGCUGUGAGACGGGUCAGAGAUGGAGGCGAGGUUCAGGGACUCCUCAGACAGUGACACGGUCUUCGUGGAGGACUCGUACUACCAGGGUCUGCUCAGGGCCACGGACCAUCGCAAAGAUGAGCGGGACCGAGUCCAGAAGAAGACCUUCACCAAGUGGGUCAACAAGCACCUGAUCAAGGCUCAGCGUCACAUCACGGACCUUUAUGAGGACCUCAGAGAUGGACACAACCUGAUCUCCCUGCUGGAGGUCCUCUCCCCAGAGAAAAAGGCCGAAUGAGAUUUCAUCGACUGCAGAACGUCCAGAUCGCCCUGGACUUCCUGAAGCAGAGACAGGUGAAGCUUGUGAACAUCAGGAACGAUGACAUCACUGAUGGAAACCCUAAACUGACGUUAGGACUCAUCUGGACCAUCAUCCUUCACUUCCAGAUCUCUGAAAUCUACGUCUGCGGUGAGUCGUCUGACCUGACGGCCAAAGAGAAGCUGCUGCUGUGGAGCCAGCAGGCGGUGGAAGGUUACCCCGGCCUGCGCUGCACCAACUUCACCUCGUCGUGGAGCGAUGGGCGCGUCUUCAACGCCCUGCUGCACAGAUACAGGCCAGACCUGAUCGACAUGGAGGCCGUGGCCCGGCAGAGCAACCACGACAACCUGGAGCAGGCCUUCGAGAUCGCCGAGUCGUUAGGAGUGACCCGCCUGCUGGACGCUGAGGACGUUGACGUUCCGUCUCCAGACGAGAAGUCGGUCAUCACCUACGUCUCCUCCAUCUACGACGCUUUCCCCAAAAUCCCAGAAGGAGGAGAGGGCAUCGCUGCACACGAGGUGGACCAGCGCUGGUCCGAGUACCAGUCCAGGUUCUCGUCUCUGCUGCAGUGGAGCCGGCAGCACACGGCCCUCAUGGCCAACAAGAACUUCCCACAGAACCCAGCAGAACUUAAGGCACUUUACAACGAGUACGUUCAUUUCAAAGAGACGGAGAUUCCCUCCAAGGAGCAGGAGAAGGCUCACGUGGAGCACCUCUACAAGCUGCUGGAGGUGUGGAUGGAGUUCGGUCGCAUUAAGCUCCCUCAGGGCCUCCAUCCCAACGACCUGGAGGAGGAGUGGGGCAAGCUCAUCCUGGAGAUGCUGGAGAGAGAGAAGGCCCUGAGGCCGGCUGUGGAGAGGGUCRACCUGCUGCUUCAAAGAGCCAACAGGAUCCAGAACGUGGCUUUGGACUGUGAAGAGAAGCUGACCCUGGCUAAGAACACGCUGCAGGCUGACGUGUCUCGGGCCGAGAGYGGCGAGCCGGUCCAGUGUGAGACAGAACUGGCCCGUUCCCUGCAGGACUGCGAGUCCCUGAUCCAACAGCUGCAGCAGGACCUGAAGGUCCUCCGAGACGAGAAGUACUUCCAGGUGGAGCAGCUGGCCUUCAGAGUUUCGUGCCUUCAGGAGGAGCUGGUCUCCCUCCGGCUGCAGUGCUCCAGCGUCUACAGGAAGGGCAGCUUCUCCCAGGCUCUGGGCGGCGGCGGGACGGAGCGCGGCGGCCUCAGAGCCACCGACGCAGGCCUCCCUUUGGGACAGACGCUGCUGGGAGCAGUGGGCGCUGUGGGCGCCGCUCUGCUGAGGCGACCRAUGGCUCGCUCCCAGCUGGUGGCCAUGUCUUCAUCGGAGGACGAAGGAAGCCUGAGGUUCAUCUACGAGCUGCUGGGAUGGGUGGAGGAGACGCAGGACCUGUUGGAGGGGGCUGAGUGGGGCGCAGACCUCCCCUCUGUGGAGAACAACCUGCAGGAGCACAGCAGCAUCAACACAGCUGUGGAGGAGCUGAUGGGCGGCCUGCAGGAGGCGCGCAGCUACGAGGCCAAAGUCUCCCCGAACUUUAAGAGCAACUACUGUGAAACUUUGAGGAAGCUGGAGCAUCAGUACUUCAAACUGCAGGAGCACUCGUCGUGGCGCCUGCAGAGCCUGGAGAGCCUGCAGGAGUUCGUGUCSCGCUGCACCGAGGAGCUGAUCUGGCUCAACGAGAGGGAGGAGGAGGAGAUCUCCUUCGACUGGAGCGACGCCAACGCCAACAUGAGCUCCAAGAAGGAGCUGCACGACGAGCUGAAGCUGGAGCUCGCUGAGAAACAAAAGGUGAUGCGUGCCCUGCAGGAAACAGCCAGCCGCCUCUGUCAGGAAAACCAUCCUGCCAAACCAACCGUGGAGGCCUACAGUGCAGCUCUGCAGACUCAGUGGCAGUGGGUCGAUCAGCUGGGUGUUUGUGUUGAGCAGCACCUGAAAGACAACUCGGCGUACUUCCAGUUCAUGAGUGAUGCUCGGGACUGUGAGUCGUACCUGCGGCAGCUGCAGGAAACCAUCAGGAGGCAGUACACCUGUGAUAAAAACAGCCGACUGAGCAAACUGGAAGACCUGCUGCAGGACUCCAUGGAGGAGAAGGAGCAGCUGAUCGAGUAUCGGAGUACKGUGGCGAGCCUCGUGGGCCGGGCCAAGACGGUGGUGCAGCUCCGCCCCCGCAGCGCCGAGAACCCGCUGGACGCCGCCACGCCCAUCAGGGCCGUCUGCGACUACAAACAGAUCGAG